AGCAGAGCCCUUGAGAGAUAGCAGCUGCAGCAACAGCAACGCGAGAGCCUCUCUUAUCAUUGUCGCCACCAUGCCGAGGGGAAGCAGGAGCAGAACGUCCCGAAUGGCGCCCCCUGCCAGCCGUGCGCCUAUGAGGUCUGCUCCACCACCAGCUUCUCGUGCCCCUGUUCCUGCCCCUGCCCCUGCCUCUGCAGUGGCUUCUCCUGCCCCCAGGCAGCCUGGCCUAAUGGCCCAGAUGGCCACCACUGCUGCUGGCGUGGCCGUGGGCUCUGCUGUAGGGCACACACUCGGGCAUGCCAUGACCGGAGGGUUUGGAGGUGGAAGCUCUGAAGCAGCAAGGCCCGACAUCACUUACCAGGAGCCUCAGACAGCCCAGCCUGCGAUGCAGCAGUCGCAAUUCACCCCUUGCCAGUACGAGAUGAAGCAAUUCCUGGAGUGCGCCCAGAACCAGGCCGACUUGAAGCUGUGCGAGGGGUUCAGCGAGGUGCUGAAGCAAUGCCGGUUUGCAAAUGGUUUAGCCUAAUGAGUUCUGAGAGAUGAAUCUCACCCCCCUCGUUGGAUGACAUGUCGCUAGUGAAACUCUUUCUUCUUUUAACAUCUUAAAAGCUGCCUGGCAUUCCUUUAUGUGUGGCCACUUGUCCGUCUCCCGAGGAAGGGAACCUGGAGUGCUUUUUACAGCAGGAAGAAUGCUUGUGGCAGGAGAGUGUGGGGCAUCUGUUGCGUGGGGAGAGAUAAGACACACAGAAUGCUAGGAUUGUGAUCGUCCCCUGCUUGCAUUUACCAAUAUGCGCCUCUGAAUAAAAGUCAAUUUCUCUCUAGAAAA